AUGGCUUCGGAUGAAGAGGACAGGAUCUCUCGGCCUGCACGUAGAACUGAGCAAGCCUCGCGCCCGAUCCCACCUCAGGAGGAUUUGCUGCAGCCGGGAUUACUUGGAUAUUAUUCUGACUCAAAAGACGACAGCUCGGAGCAGGGACUCAAGGAGGAUGAGUCGGCACAGCCGUCCAUACUCGGAGAACCAGCCAAAGCCACAGGGGAAACCAGAGGCACCUAUACUUCUGGCAAGCUUGUGGUGCGGCCUCACAUUGAUCAUUUUGCGGAUGCUAGGCUGCGCGUUGGCCCUGUCCCCGGUCGCAGCAGCAUCGCGGAGAGAUCACGCGCUGCUGGAAGGCGUGCUGCUGAAAGAGAUUACUUUGGUGCCUCGGGCGCCCAUAAGAUUCGUCACGGAUCUGAACUGGGUCUGGCAAACGCCUUUGCCACCGGCGUGGGCAGGGCGGUAAAUGACACGUCUCUCGUCGAGCGAAUCGCAGAGUAUGCGGAAGUCUGCUUUCGCCAUGAUGGAAUUCACGGAACCUUGUCUCUGCUGGAAAAGGCGGCGACAGCGAUGGACCCAUGGAUGGACAUGACUGAGCUCCGCGACAGCAUCAACAGGCUUGUACAGGCCUAUGAACUUGAUCUCACCACGGAGCUGCUCACAACGGACAGUGCUGAUGUUGCUUGGUUGUGCCGAGUGAUAGCCUCGGCGAAACUCAUACCUCAUGAAUUCCAUAUUCCGGUGAAGCUGCUAAGACGCAGAGCCAAUGGGCGCAUUCGGGGGGACAUUGGUCAGGCUACCAGCAUUUUCUCGACCCUUGAUACAAACGAAGGAGCCACGCUAUCGAAGGAAGACUUUGGCAUCGUGCAGAAGCUGAUUCUUCGGAGUGAUGCCUACAUGAGGUACAAGGACGCCCUCUUCCUCUCCGUACUUGGCAUAUAUAGACAGAUCCUUCUGAGCCGCCUUGAAGAAGAAGCACGAAGGGCUGACGGCGCCACAAGCAUGGAAGAUUCCAUGCUCGCUGUAGCUUAUGAGCUGUCUUUCGUGCCAAAGGAUGCUGUCACGCUGAUGGAAAUGCACAGUAGCGCCUUCCCGGGCUGUAACACCUUCAUGGACACCUGCAAAGCAUGGGUUGAGGAACCCAUGCGAGAGACGUGA